GAAUACCGGAAUCUCUGCAACAUAAAUAGGCAUCCUAUCUCCUGCGACAGACACCAUUCUACCCUGCAGCGUGCCCGAGAGAUUCAGCAGUCCACCCAUUUCUCGAUCAUGGCGUACUUCUGCCUCGUUUUGGCUGCCAUGCUGAUGCCUGUCGCUAUGGCUACCACUCCAAACUGCCUUACCGCAUCACUACCCGGCAUACUCGACCUCGGAACGUGUCUUCAAACAUCUUUGGACCUUUGCACAGCAACUGUCGAUGACGUCCUGAGUGCCCUGGUUGAUGUCGUUCAGUGUCUUGUUACUACCCUGGCGACCAUAAAUGCUGUGGGUGCCCUGUCAGCUUUGAUUGACAUCGUCUCCAUCGUCCUGAGUGUACUUGGAAUAAGUUUGAGCAGCGUUACAAAGGUGCUGAAGCCCUUGUGCUGCGUAUCGCAAGUGCCUGGAUGCAUAACACUUUUGUCCGGAGAUGAUGUCUGCACAGAGCCUAUCAACGUUACGCUUCCUGGUGAACUCAAUCUUGGGCAGUGCCUCACUGACACCCUUAUAUUGUGCGAAGCCGGUGAGCCCGUCACGGAUGAAGUGCUUAUGAAGCUUGUGGAAGCUUUGGUGUGCCUGUUGAAAGCCACCCUGGAAUCAGCCUCUGGCAGCGUACCCGACGAUCUGGUGUGCGCCCUAAUCACGCUUAUCACUGGGGCUGCCGCCAACGCCAACCUAGUGCUGAAGUUGGCACUGAAUGGCCUUGCGGCUACUCUAAAUCUCUCGGUCAGCUGUGCCUAACUACCCUGCAUCCUGUGAGAACUCGUCAACAGCUGGAAAGAAAAUCCAAGCGUACCGUUGGGACAUAUUGGAAUAAUCACUUUACUGGUGGUGGAAGGGGUACUCAAAAUUGAUUGGCCUUUUGCGCGAGACGUCUACGUAAGCUUUGCAUAUUUCAUAAUUAGGGCAAAUAAAAGUUGUUGAGCAACCA